AUGACAACAGUCUGGCGUCGUCGGAACCCAGCGGGGUACGGCUACGAACAGGUAGCCGCUGCCCUGCGCGAUCCUCAGCCCGCUGCGGCGAUCACGAAGCCAUCUACGGAGAUUAACGAACUCAACGCACUCGGCAACAUCUACACCUUCGAAAGCUUCACAACCGAAGACGCCCUCGAACUCGGCACCCUGCUGCAAGCGCGCCUCCUCCCGCUGGCGCAGGCGGGCCGGCCGACGCUCAUCUCCGUCUCGCUCUCCAACUCGUCGCAGGUGGUCUUCCAGACCGUCACGGGCCCCGGCAUCACGCCCGACAACGAGCUCUGGGCGGCGCGCAAGCGGAACGCCGUGCUGCGGUUCGGCGUGAGCUCCUGGUUCCUCGGAUGCAAGUUCGAGCAGGACGAGGACGACUUCGAGUCCAAGUUCCGCCUUAGCCGCGAGCAGGGCGGUCGCUAUGCUAUCAAGGGCGGUGGCGUGCCCAUCCGCGUGCGCGGCGUGGAGGGGACCGUGGCGGUGGUUGUCGUGAGUGGGCUGUCGCAGGAGGAGGACCACGGGGCGAUUAUGGAUGUGAUUAGGGAGAAUUGGGAGGCUGUGAGCUUGACUCCAGGACUCCAGGACUCCAGCCUCCAGGGCCACUCCCGUUGCUUAAAACAGGAUAUCAGAUAUCUUUCUCCAGACUUCCUCGCCGUCUACCGUCUCACCGCCUGA